AUAGUUGAUGUCAAAUAGGAAACGCUGCAAUGUGUCACUUUGAUCUGUAUCCAUCACACUGGGGUGUGUGCAAUCAAUGGGCGUGUACUGCCAUGGCCAAGUCAUGUUCCAGGAAGGAGGAAGAAGACCAAGCAGCAGCAGAAGCAACAUGGAAAACAAGCACAAAGAAGAAUCCUAUGACCUCUCUCUCUUUCUCUCUCUCUCUCCAUAGAUGUCAAGCAGCUAGCAGAUGAUGGAAAGGUCAGUUAUGGAGGGAAGGUGCAGUAGGCACCCAGCUAGCGAACAGGCCGCAGGAGUCUGCCCCUUCUGCCUGACCGAGAGGCUGGCUCAUCUCUCUGCAGCUUCGUCUGCAACAGCCACUGUUGCUUCUUCCAACGCCUCUUCGCCAGGGAAGUCUCCUGCCUCCAACUUCUCUUCUGCUAUCGCUUCUCCUCCCCGCCGAGAACUCAGGCCACCACUGCCGAGGCACAGCCCCUUGAUGGCUUCGAUGCAGAAAGAGGAGAGCCACAAGGAGAAGAACCGGAAGAAGGCAACGAGAAAGAAGUGGAGCUUUUGGUCCAAGAUGAUGACUGGAUCAUCAGAGAGGAGAAGAGAGGUGGAGGGAGAUCAGCUCCACUCUUAG